CGGAAAUAACUCAUCUAAAUGAGGUGAAAUAAAAUUUAUUCUACAAGGAAUAAUCUUUAUCUAUUCGAACCAUUUUCUAUGGAAUUAACCAUUUAGACCAUAUUUGGAAAAAAACACUUAAAAGUAUAUCGUUUCUUUUCUCAUCAAAACAAAUAUUUCCCAUAUUUACCAUAAAAAAACAAUGGAUAAUUCUGACGAUACAAUCACAUCAAACAUUAAUGAACAAAGUGUCAAAGAACCAUUAUAUAAAAAUUAUAUUUUCGUAUUUAUGAUUGUUGGUUUGGUAACAAUAAUUCCUUUGAUUAUUAUCAACAUAGCAGUAAUGAUGAAAAGACGAUUAUCAAGAAUAUGUCGCAUAUUAUUACUUUGCAUUUGUUUAUCACUUGGAUCUUGUGUCAGUGCAUUAGCAUUUACGCAUUAUGCAUUAGGACCGAUUGAUAUAACGUUAACUAAAGGUGAUCAAAUACUUAUUGGUGAGCCAACAAAUGGAUUUCUAAUGAAUAUACAUGAAUUACGCUCAUUGACUUGUAAUCAUUUAGAAAUCCAAUCGAAUAAAUUAAAAAUUCGUGUUUGGACAACACCUAUAUCACCUCACUAUGGACCAUUACAGAAUUACAGUUUAGUUAUACGUAACUGGAGUUUUCCAGCGUUUACCCACCUUCGGCUUAAUAAUGGUGAUUCAAUUUAUGCACAUAAUUUUUCUCACCCAACACAAAUAAUCAUUCUUAAAGGUGAAGAAUCUAUGCAACGAUGGAUCAAAACUAGUUCAUACAAGAGAGGAUAUGAAAAAUGCUGUGCAUGGUAUAUUCUACAGACAGAUGUAGAGAAUAGACAACAAAUAACAGUUGAACAAAAUGAUAUGUACACUUUAAUAAUGAGAACAUCUGCAUCGAUAGUCAAUUAUACAUAUCAUUUAAGCGAACCAUCAACAGUAGGAAGCGGAUAUAUUGAUUUAGUGCGUACGCGUUGGGCACCUAACCCUUGUGAUCCAGUCAUUUGUGAUGGUACAACAGCAACUCUAUGCAAAAUAACGUCAUCUCCGAAAAGUUACGUAAUUGACUAUACUGUAGAAACAAUGACAGCGCCAAACCUUGACUAUGCAAACGUUCACAUCAUUUGUUAUCCACGUCAUUGGAUAUUAGGAAUUAUGUUUGGUUUGCCAACUAUUCUAAUUGUAAGUCUGAUUCUUAUAACACAUGCAUGUAUUAAAAAACAAAAGAAACAGUUUAAAUUCUCUGAUACAAGUAUUCAACAAACACCUUUUACUGAUUUAAAUAUUAAACAAAUGAAAGGUAAAUAUGCAACUUCUAACGAGAACCAAAAUCAUGCAUUUGAAUUUGAUCUAGUGUAAAACUCACUGGCAACUGGUUUAUCUUACAACACUUUGUUGUAGUUGCAGUUAUAAUCGAUGACAUUAUUGAUUCCUUUAUAUUUUUAUUACCAUAAUGUAGCGCUUCUAUUGCUGAUAACUGCAAAUCUUCAGCGUAAUUAUUUAAUUUCUCAUCUAAGAAAUCACAUAGUUUUGCUCCAAAACCUUCUAAAAUUUUACAUUCUUUUCCACUUUGUAACAAUAGUGGGUAUUUUUUAAGUGAAGAAAGAGCCUAGAAAAGAAAAUAACAAAGUUCAUAAAUCAAAUUAAUAUUGUCCUACCUUUCUGUAAGCAUAGUAUGAUUUGGCAUCUUUGACAAAUGCAUUUUCCAUAGCUUCGGUUAUCCAACUUUGAAAUAAAAGAUUUGGUCCACCA